AUGCCCUUCACAGUGUCCUUCGCCUUACAAGAGCUUGGGAACAGUCACAGGAAGCUAGAUGACCUGUCAUGGCCCAACAACCCUGGACCUCAGCCAGAUUUCAGCCUCUCUGGAUACAGCCAACACCUGGGCUCCAUGUUGGCUCAAAGCAGUCAACACUACCAAGGUCUCCAGAGGAAACUGCUGAUAUCAUCCCUGGCUCGACCUCUGCUGCCACACAUCACCAUAUGUCUUAGCCCUCUGUCUGAUCUGAGGGCAGAUAUGACCACCCUGGAAAUCAAACAGGAGCUUCAAUCUCAGCUGGCAAAAAGCAAACAGGACUUCAGAGACCUUAGAGAGAAGUUCCUUAUAUCCCAAGCAACUGCCUACAUCCUGGCCAACCAGCUGCAGAAAUACAAGUGUGAAGAGUGCGAAGACAUCAUUGAAUCUGUGUUGAAGAAGGAGCUGCAUUCUAAUGAGGGGAAUCUGGCAGAGAAGUCAACCUUAGCUCAGAAGCUCAGGGAAUACAGUGUCCUAAUUCAAGAGCAGGAACAACAGCUGACCCGGUUAUGGCAGAGAUUACAGGAAGAGAGAGACAUCUCCGUCCUACUCAGUCAGCACCUCAAGGACCUCCUCACCCACAAUGACCUUGACAACUACCAGGGGCAGGGCUUCCGAGAGCGACUGGCUGAAGGACACAGGCUGGCAGAGAGCACUGUCUGCAAGCUCAGCCCCGAAAAUCAUGAAGAUGAGGAGGAUGAAUACAUGGAGCUGCAGGAGGUUGAAAAGAAGGAAGUCCAACAGGACUCACAGGAUCAACGUGUUUUGCCUUCUUCCAUUUGCCAAGAAGUUUCUGACUGUGACCAGCCUUACAGUGAUGGCAAAUUGUCAUUUGCUGAACAGGAAGUCAGCCCAGCUCCGGAUGUAGCCUGUGAAUGUUCCCAUUCUAAAAGGGAUGAAACUCCAAAUGACCUCCCAGAAAAUCAAAAUGAUCAGGAGGAAGAGGAUGGACAACAGCCAAUGUCCCCCAGUAACCUAGAGUCAGUUGACCCAGGUGAACUCACAAACUCAGGGGUUCCUGCAAUCAGCUGUGCUCUCCUCAUGGAGCUUCAGAAAUUUCAAAAGAAAGAAAUCCUGCAGGACUCACAGGAUGAAUGUGCUUUGCCCUCUUCAAUCUGCCAAGAAGAGUCUGACUGUGACCAGCCUUACAGUGAGGGCAAACUGACAUUUGAUGAGCAGGAAGUUGGCUCUGCUCUGGAUGUAGGCAGUGAACGCUACCAUUCUAGCGGUGAUGAAAUUCCAACUCAUCUCCCAGAAUGUAACCAUCCUUCUCUGAAUUUAUUUGCAGAAAACCAAAAUGAUCAUGAGGAGGUGAAAGGACAAGGGCCAAUUGCCCCCAGGCUCUGCAGGGAGCUGCCACAGGAGGUAGAGGAUGACCUACCAUGGGACCCACUGGAUGAAUAUUACUUGAAUUCUUCAGAUCUUCCCAGCCUGUCCAACUCCUACUGUCCUUAUAGGAGCGCCGUGACAUUCUCAUUUGAGGAAUUGGCAGUCUAUCCUGCUCUAGAUAGAACUAGUGAGUACUCUAUUGUCAAUGACUCUGUGUUUACUAAUCCCUCUUGUUUAAUCAUCAGUCCUCCCAACCCCAUCAGGCUCCGCAAGGAGCUUACAGUGGUAGAAGAGAAUGAGGUCCCACAGGACUUGCUGGAUGAAUGUUAUUUGACUCAUUCAAUUGGCCAGGACCUGUCAGCCUCCUGUAGGCUGUACAGAAGGGCCUCAUUAUUAACUGAUGAACAGGAAGUCUUCUCAGCUCUGGAUGUACACAAGCUGGGUUUGGAAGCAUACAUUGGAAUGAAGAACCCUCCCAAGUUGGAGGGUGAUGCUGUUGAGGGCUCAGCUACCAGCACUGACCACACUAAUGCCCUAAGUGCCCUGAAGCAGAGGAUUCUCAGAAGAAAACUACGGCUAGGCAAGAGGAAGCCUGGCCCCACGGUACUCCUCAUCACAAGAGGAUCAUUUAAGCCACUGAACACAUGGCACUUUGCCUGA